UUGUUCGAAAUAAAAUCUACCAUCAGAGAUUCGUAGAACCUUUAUCUGUCAAUUUCCUUCAUGAUUUUUUGUCAAUGCUUUCACAGUGAAGAUAAAAUUGCAGCCACUGAAUAUUAAAUUGCUAUUGGAAGCUCAGGCAUAAGGUGUUCAGAUGGUUCAUUGAAAUAAAAAAGCUCUUGGUGCCUAAGAGCAGAUUGUUGUCCCAAAAUGUUAGGUUGCUUGAUGUUUAACUAUCAGUUGCUUGAUUUGCUCGUAUCACAUGAAACCAAUAUACUGCUUUUAUUUCUUACACAGGAAAUUGCAUUUUUCUUGUGUAAUACCGUAAAUCCUCUUCAUUACUGGGCUGCUAGAAUCAUCUUUGCUGAUGGUGUGAGACCCUUGCUGUGGUUCUCACACACAGCCUGCCAUUUAGUGUUUUACACACUUUUUUCUUGAUUUGGUUUAAUCAAUUCCAUCCGUUACCAGCCUGAAAUUUAAAGGUCACCGAGUCAGUUCUUCCACGUUUGGCUGAGCUUUAACUGCUGGAGAUCGAGCCAUGGUGGUACCCACAUGUGGCAUUGUAAUCUUCAUUGGGUACGUGACACUCCGGCCGAAGGUGCCCCAAGUGAGCGUCACAAGAGCCCAAAUGGACUCCAUAUACUUCGACCAGUCUAGCUUGAUGAUGCUGCAAGCAACCAUUGUGAUCAAAGCAGAGAACGACAACACGAGGGCUCAUGCUUGGUUCUACGACAUGUCCUACACCCUCAGCUUCCGCAGCCAGAAGAUAGCCAUCUUGAUGGCCGACCCCUUCGACGUCAGUCCCAACAGGUCUCUGGAGCUCAACUUUGUCGUCCCGUCCCAGUCUAUACCUCUGAAUCCAGAAGAAGCCGAGGCCAUCAACUGGUCGUUGGGCAGGAAAGUGGUCGAUCUCGAUCUCAGAGGGGUGUCGAGGACUCGAUGGAAGGUUUGGCUCAUCGGGUCCAUUAAAUACGUGCUGCGUUUGGAUUGCCAGCUUCAUUUGCCCGUUGAUCAAACCACCAUAUAUCCACAUUGUGUUUCUAGAAAAUAAAAAAAAAGGGGUCCUCUUUCUUUUUUCAUUUUCUAUAGCAGACUUUAAAAUCAGGAUCUCCUUGAUCUCAGGAUUUUUGUUGAUAAUAAUGCAUUAUCUUUUCUUAGAAGUAUAAUUUUGAUGUGCCAGAAUAUGUAAAAGUUGGAAAUCACUUUCUUUGAGCUUUGUUUGAUGACUUGAAAGAAAGAAAUUGUUCCUUUCCUUUGUAUCAA